AUGAUCGUGCAUGACACCCGAGGAUUAAGUAAAGGGUUCGGCUACAUCACCUACAGCACCACCGAAGAAGCCACCCACGCUAUCACUCAGCAGAAUGGUGGUAUUUACGAAGGCCGCGAGGUUGUUGUGAACUACGCCAACACUACUUACAAUGCCACUCGCAACGAGACGAAUCCCACCAGGACUCUUUACAUUGGAAACAUUCCCUACGAGUUGACGGACGUGGAUCUUCAGGAGAUUUUCGAGGACCUCAAAGGCAUCACAGAUGUUCGCAUUCCUGUUGACCGUCGCACCGGCCUCCCCCGUGGCUUCGGUCACGUAGAUUUCGCUGACCUGGAGAGCGCGACUGCCGCAAAAGAGAUGCUAAGUCGCAAGGCGCCUUACGGCCGGAAGCUCUUCGUCAACUAUGCCAAGCGAAAGAUCAUGACCCCAGAAGACUACUCUCGCUACAAGGACAAGAAAAUGGAGAAAAGAGACAGCGAGGUGGAACGUCAAACCGCUGGAGAAGGUCAAUCGCCCACGGCCAGUGAGGUUCGUGAGCCCGAGAACAGGGACUGA